AUGGGCAAAUUGCUCUCCCAGCAUCACCGGAAUCCAGAGGCUGCCAGCUCGGGGAGCCGCUGCUGCUUGAUGCAAGAACUCGGCUCUGAACAGGACCUCUGCUCCGACCCCGGGAGACCUCCGAGGGCAUCGGCCCCCUCCACAGGCAGGAGCUCCGACAGCUGGCACCAGGGUUUGGACUAUAUGGAUGACUUUGACUCAUCGGGACAGGACUGCAGUUCUACCAAGCUGCUCUGCGCCUCCGAGAAAAUAAAAUCUGGAAUGGAUUCGAGGGAUACCUUCAUUGGCAGUGAAGUCACCGAAAGACUGGCCAAUCUCUCUGUGAAAUAUCCCGUUGAACGCGGAAUCAUUGUCAACUGGGAUGACAUGGAAAAGAUCUGGCAUCACUCCUUCUACAACGUGCUCCAUGUAGACCCAGAAGAACAUCCCCUUCUGGUGACAGAAAACCUCUUUAAUCCAAAGGCCAAUAAAGAGAAAUUGAUAGAGAUCAUGUUUGAAUCCUUUAAAGUUCCUGCCUUAUACUUAGCAAUCCAGGACAUCAUGUCGCUUUUUUCUUCAGGCCGGACAUCUGGACUCAUUGUGAAUUCUGGAGAUCAGAUGACCUACGGCGUUGCCAUUGAAAGCGGCGACAUCUUGCCCGAUGCUAUCAUGGACAUGGAGGUGGCCGGCCAUGACCUCACUUUGUAUCUUAUGAAGAACCUUGUUAAGAAAGGCUACUCCCUGUGCACCAUGGUUGAAUUGGACUUUGUCAGAGCCAUCAAGGAGAAGCUGUGCUACGUGGCUUUGGACUUCUCCGAGGAGAUGUAUUCGGAGGAUGCCACCGAGGAAACAUACACGCUCCCUGACGACCGGAUCAUCGCCAUGAAAGAGGAGAGGUACCGAGUUCCAGAGGCGUUCUUCCGGCCCUCCUUGCUAAAUAUCUCAUGUCCAGGCCUUCAUAAAAAGAUACACGAAGUCAUUAUGAGCUGCGACCCAGAACUCAGGAAGAUCUUCAACGUAAACACCAUCCUUUGUGGAGGCAGCAUGGGGUUCCCAGGCAUUGAACAACGGAUGGUAAAGGAGCUCCAGGCCCUGCAGGAGCAACUGACUAAGAUUAAGGUGAUCGUGCCAGCAGAGUGCUGGUUCUCUUCCUGGUGCGGUGGCUCCAUCCUGACCGGUCUGAAUUCUUUUCAACAUAUGUGGAUCUAUGAUUAUGAAUAUCAGGACAUUGGCCCUAGCAUCAUCCAUCGAAGAUGCUUCUGA